CGUGGGAUUACAGCAACAAAUGCAGUAGCAGCAGCAGCAGCAGCCGCAGCAGCGCAGCAACAGCUCCUUUGUGUACGCAUCGCGUGCUAGUUAAUUGUGUCGUUGCAUUUACAAAAGCAAACAAAAGCAAUAGUCCAACAGCCAAACAACAACAUCAGCUAAUGUGUGUUUAAUAGUGUCGGUGUCGUGUCUUUUAGUUUCGAAAUUUAAAUUUAAUUUAUUACGAAAACGUCUGCGCUAACCCCCUUCUGCUACAUUUUGUAUGCGUCAUAUGUGAAGAAAAAAAGGGCAAAGCCAUAGCCCAAGAGCGAAGCAGUUGCCACAACAAAAACAAAAAAAAAAUAAAAAAGAAAAGAAAAAUAAGAACUACACCCCCGCAGUGUUGCUGCUUCCGCUGCUGCUGCCGGCUGUUUGGCACUGCGCAUGUGUGUGGCAACAACAACAACAGCACGAAGCAGCAUUUAAAAUAAAAGUGAAAUGUUCAAGCCGCAACGGUAAAUUCUAAUUUGUUUUUGCUGGCAGAAGAAUUAAUAAAGCUUCAUAGCUGACUGCAGCGUAGCAUCUGCAGCAGCGGCAGCCAAAAGUGGAGUAGCAGCACUUAAGUGUAACGAAAAAAAAGUGCGAGUGUUUUUUUAAGUGUUGCCGACUUAAAGUUAUUACAUACAAAAGCACAUACAAACACUGUUCAAGUGUUGCCGACUUAAAGUUACAACAAAUACAUAUAAAUGUGCAUAUGCAUAUGCAUGCAUAUAUGUAAGUGAAUUUGUUGGUAUUAACUGCACAACCUGCCAGUGUUUCCAUGUUGGCAUACGGGAGCAGAAAAAUGUGUUACACAUGUGGAUUCUUGUUUGCCCUGCCUCUGGUGGCCGCGCUUCUCUGUUUGGCGUCGGCAACUGCUGCAUCAGCCAAUAAGCAUCAGCUGCAGAUGCAUCACAGCCACAGCCAUCAACAUAACAACAACAACAACAACAAUAAUAAUAAUAAAAAUAAUCACCAUUAUCAGUAUGGCGAGCCAGGGGAGCAGCAGCAACUAUCGGGAAUGCCUAGCAAAACGAAAAGCGCAGUCUCUGAGGAUUUGAUGUACAAUUACCUCAUGCAGUUUGAUUAUCUGCCCAAGUCGGAUCUGGAAACGGGCGCUCUGCGCUCCGAGGAGCAGCUGAUAGAUGCAAUACGUAAUCUUCAGAAAUUUGGCAACAUUCCAGUUACGGGCCAAAUCGACCCAGCUACGGCCAAGCUAAUACAAAAGCCCCGCUGCGGCGUGGGCGACAAUAAGUAUGCGUAUAAUUUCUCACCGGAUAAUCUGGAUCAUGGCAAUAGUCGUGGCGCACGUAAACGUCGCUAUGUUCUCCAGGGCGCAAAAUGGGAUAAAACGGAUCUAACAUGGAGUUUGGUGAACCAAUCGAUGCCGGAAGCGGGCAAAAUACGAAUGAUGGUGGCUCGGGCAUUGCGCGUGUGGGAGAAUAAUUCCAAGUUGACAUUUCGCGAAGUGUAUAGCGAUCAGGCGGAUAUACAAGUUCUGUUUGCACGGCGCGAUCACGGCGAUGGCUAUAAAUUCGAUGGACCCGGCCAGGUGCUAGCGCAUGCCUUCUAUCCGGGCGUGGGGCGCGGCGGCGAUGCGCAUUUCGACUCGGAGGAGACGUGGGAGUUCGAUGCCAGCAACGAUGAUAGUCGUGGCACCAACUUUCUGAAUGUGGCGCUGCAUGAACUGGGGCACUCGCUGGGCCUGGGCCACUCAUCUGUCUCGGAUGCGGUCAUGUUUCCCUGGUAUCAGAACAAUGAGGUCGAUGGCAUAUUGCCCGAUGAUGAUCGGAAUGGCAUACAGGAGCUGUAUGGUGCCAAGGAUAAGGUUUGGGGACCUUAUCGACCGCAACCGACAACCAGCACCACCACAACAACAACAACAACAACUACAACGAUGCGCUCGCUCACUUACUACCCACAACAGCGGCCUAACUAUAACUAUCCGAACUAUUAUCCCAACUAUUAUCCGAAUAGAGAUCGUACGCGUGAUAGAGAGCGUGAGCGUGAGCGUGAACGUGAGCGCGAAGAGCGACAGCGUGAACGAGAUCGUCAACGUGAGGAGCGAGAACGAGAGCGUGAGCGAGAAAUCGAACGUGAACGAGAGCGUGAACGUGAGCGAGAACGAGAGCGUCAACGGGAACGAGAACGAGAACGCGAUCGACAGCGCGAGUCCCAGACAACAACAACAACAACAACAACAACGAGAGCUCCAAUAACAACGAGAACGACAUUAGCAGCGAGAAGAGCCGCAGCCACACAACCAACUCACAGACCAUACAACUACCCCACUGUGCAUCGGCACAAUAAACCGCACAAACCGCGCAAACCGAAGCCUGACAGUUGCAUGACCAGCUACGAUGCCAUCUCCAUGAUACGCAGAGAGUUGUUCAUCUUUAGAGGACAGUUCCUGUGGCGCAUAGGUGCUAGGGGCUUAUACAAUGGCUAUCCGACGGAAACUCGGCGUCAUUGGGCCGCACUGCCCGAGGAUUUCAACAAGGUGGACGCAGUCUAUGAGAAUCAACAGCGUCAGAUUGUCUUCUUCAUAGGUCGACAGUAUUACGUCUUUGAUUCGGUAACCCUGGCGCCGGGCUAUCCUCAGCCUUUAACCAGCUUGGGCUUACCGGCCACACUCACCCAUGUGGAUGCUGCCUUUGUGUGGGGCUACAAUAAUCGCACAUAUUUAACAAGUGGCACCCUGUACUGGCGCAUCGAUGACAACACGGGCACGGUGGAGCUGGAUUAUCCGCGCGACAUGUCCAUUUGGGCGGGCGUCGGCUACAAUAUCGAUGCGGCGUUCCAAUACACAAACGGCAAGACCUACUUCUUUAAGAACUUGGGCUACUGGGAGUUCAACGAUGAUCGCAUGAAAGUCGCACACGCUCGCCCCAAGCUCUCCUCCCGCAUGUGGAUGCAGUGUGCGCGCAGCGUCAACGAUGUCGACGAGGAGCAGCGCUGGACGGCGCCACUGGUAUCCGGCGCCAAUGAGACGACAGAUGGCAGCUCUGGGGCGGCCAGCCCGAGUCAGCAGCGGCAUAGUAUAAUGGGCUUUCUUGUAGUUGCACUCACCUGCUUAGCCUGGCGUAGUUAAGAUUGGAAAUGGAGUUGAUCUAUAAAAGUUUAGGCAUAGGUUUAAGCUUAGUUUAAGGCAGAGGUUCUCAAAACAUUACGUUAAACGCCCAUUUUUAUAAAAAUUGAUUAUUUCCUCUACUUAACGCAUCUUAAUAAUCACAUUAAAUUAUCGAGUCUUAUCUUGUUUCUGUGCCCUUUACCGCCCAUACACGUGUUGGCGGUAUCGUUUGCUUUUGAGAAAGACUGGUCUCACCCAUCAGACAUCCCCAUAUAUAUAUAUAUAUAUCGAUACAUAUAAAUUUAACCUAUAUACGGUGUGUAUAACAGCUCUACUGUCAGACAGUAGAUCGCUUCAAUCUGCACCCAGAAGAUAGAACACGCAGCGGCCUUACAAAUCUUCUACAAAAAACUCAUCACUUAUAAAAUGUAUCCUUUUCGGAUAGAAAUACAUCAAAAGAAAAACUAACUAAAACUUGCCAGACGCCAUAUAUGCAACAGAAUAGCAGGAUUGUUUAUUUUCGUAACGCAUCAUAUAAAUUUUAUUUUAUAAAGUUACGGGUUCUAUGCAUGAUAAUCUAUAGAUAUAUAGUUUUAUACCGAAUACAGAUGAGAAUUUCUCGAAUUUUCUCAGCCACCACUGCCUUAUAUAAUUAAGUACAGUAUUGCUUCAUAUGAACGAACCGAUUGGCCCGAGUCCUAGUAGCUAUGAUCUGCCCGCAUUUGUUUUGUGUUUUUAAUUUGGUUGUUAAAAAAAACAAAAAACCUUUCUAAUUAUUUAUAUUUAAAUAAUUGUGGGAUUCCUGAAACUGAUUUAGAUGUGAUCUAGAUUUCGUAAAACCAAAAUAAGCUAAGGCGCGAAAGCACAAAAUACCGAAUUAAAAUGUGAAAACUAUUUUUAAGCCUCUUAAUAAUAACUUUUUGCUUGAAGAGUAUUUAAUUUUUUACUUAUAAUAUUUUAGCUGCAAUUUAAACAUUUUCAGCUCCCUUUCUAUCUCCAUUUUCUUCACUCCCACAAUAAAUAAAUAAAUUUUUAACUAAAACUUGAAAUAUUUAAAUGACAUCAGAAUAUACGCAAGCACCAAGUAAGCAAACGAAGCUAAAUCAAAUCUAAAUCACCUAGAGCUGAUUUCGUUAAGUCUUCCAGUGUGACCUCUAUUUCCGUAAGUUUUCUGGUCACACUGCACUUUUGAAUGGAACAGCUAAGCGACGAAAUCUAAAGCAAAUCAAAACUAAUUCAGGAAUCCCACUAAUGUGAUAUUAUAAUAAAAUUGUAUAUGUGCGAUUCAACAAUGAACCAUAAAAAAAACAUUCAAGAACAAAACCACUUAUAAACAAUUCGAAUUAUUACAUUUAUUAGAAAUAUAUUUUGAUAGUAUUAGUUCAUUACAUCUGUAUAUUUGUAUCCUUUUAAAAAAAAAAAAAAACACCCAUUUAAGCUGAAUAUUUCCUUUCAUACAUAUUUUGCUGAGAUAAAUAAACGCAGUCAUUUGCGAAAUACACUGAGUAAA